AUGAACUCAACGGCGAACGGAUCCAGCGGGUCUUGGAACUGCUUCACUCAGUUUCAUUCCACUGCGUGGAAAAUCGGAGGAACCGUCACCUUAUGUCUGAUCAUCAUCGUUUCACUGGCCGCAAAUUCUCUCAUUGUUAUCAUCGUUUAUAAAACGCCGAACUUAAGAAAACCGAUAAAUUAUUUCAUCGCAAACAUGGCCUCAUCUGAUUUGCUGGUUCCAAUAUUCAAAAUACCUUGGACCCUUUUAUUGUUGCACACCAACUCGACUCUUAUCGGUGGUCCGCUUGGCAAGGCCUUUUGUAAGCUUGUCCCCUUCUUUGUAAGAGUUUCCUUUAAGGUUUCGAUUCAGAAUCUGGUUCUUAUAGCAGUGGAUCGAUUUGGAGCUGUGGUGUUUCCACUCCGUUCCCCACUCAUCAGAUCCAAGCUGUGUCCCUUCUUCAUUCUUGCCACGUGGAUAGUUGCCGUAGCUGUCAGUUCGCCAUACUUGUUCGCCUUCGAGACCGUUGAAUCCCCAGAGGGAAACCAGUGUCAUCUGGAUUGGGAGAAAGCAUUCGGAGAGUCAUCGUCUCAUGCCAGUUUCCUACUAGCUAAACACAUUCUGUUUAUUUACAUACCUUUGCUGUUCUUAGUAAUUCUUUACUCCAUCAUCUUUAUCAAGCUCAAGACACAGGCACACCCCGGUGAACGGUCGACCAACAAUCAGCAACAGCGGCAAAGAAGAAACAGAAACGUGCUUCAAAUGUCCAUUGUCAUCGUAACAGUGUUUGUGCUUUGCUGGUUACCGGGCGUUACUACCAUUUUAAUCAUAUUGUAUCAGGACAGUUCCACGCAUUUUUCGUGUAGUUUCUGGAUAUACCUUGAAGUCACCUUUUAUAUCAAUACCGCGUACUUUGCUAUCAACCCAGUUGUCUGUUUCAUGUUUAGCAGUAAUUACCGAAAAGCUCUUAAAAGACUCAUAAAAUGUUCUUUUGUACAGGCGUAG